UCGGAAGAGAGUUAGUUUACAUCACAACAAAAACCACAACAGCAACAAAAGUUCAAGAACAACAACAACAAAACARAAUAACAGAAUGUACGGUAAAUCGAAGACAUCCGCCGUGCCGUCUGAUGCGCAGGCCAGAGAGAAAUUGGCGCUCUAUGUGUACGAAUAUCUGCUGCACGUGGGCGCCCAAAAGGCGGCACAGACAUUUCUGUCCGAGAUCCGAUGGGAGAAGAACAUAACACUGGGUGAACCACCGGGAUUUUUGCACACCUGGUGGUGUGUUUUCUGGGAUCUGUACUGUGCGGCGCCGGAGCGCCGCGAUCAAUGCGAUCACAGCUCGGAGGCGAAAGCCUUCCAUGACUAUGGCUUUGUUAGCUCCGGCUAUGGUGUGAAUGGCAUCGGUCCUGGUGGACCUCACAAUGCCGGUGGCCCAGCACCCAGUCCACUCGGCCAGAUGCCGCCGGGUGGAGAUGGCGGACCAAUGGGACCCGGCGGACCGAUGGGUCCCAACUUUUUCCCCAACACGACAAUGCGGCCGUCGCCGCCAACGCAUGCCUCAAGUCCACAGCCGCCGCCUUCGCAGAUGAUGCCAGGUCAGCCUCCAUUUAUGGGUGGACCGCGGUAUCCAGGCGGACCACGACCGGGCGUGCGUAUGCAGGGCAUGGGCAAUGAAUUCAACGGCCCACCCGGACAGCCCAUGAUGCCUAAUAGCAUGGAUCCCACGCGGCCGGGACCGGGAGGCGGCAUGGGUCCAAUGAAUCCGCGUAUGAAUCCGCCACGUGGCCCCGGCAUGGGACCCAUGGGAUACGGUGGACCGGGCGGUAUGCGAGGCCCGGCGCCAGGUGGACCCGGCGGCAUGCCGCCAAUGGGAAUGGGCGGCGGCGGCGGACGACCGCCUCAAUGGCAGCCCAAUGCGUCAGCACCCAUGAAUGCAUACUCUUCAUCGUCGCCGGGCAAUUACGGACCCGGACCCGGCUCGAACGGCCCGCCUGGUCCCGGCACGCCCAUCAUGCCCUCGCCGCAAGAUAACACGCAAGGCGGCCCAGUCGGCGGACCUGGCGAUAGCAUGUACUCAUUAAUGAAACCAGAAUUCCCUAUGGGCGGAGGUCCUGAUGGUGGCGGCGGCGGCGGAGGACCAGGUGGCAUGGGACCCAUGGGUGGCGGUCCCAACUCCAUGGGCCCCGUACUUAAUGGCGGCGGCGGCGGACCUGACGGCACCGGCCUGGACGGCAUGAAGAACUCUCCAGCCAAUGGGGGUCCGGGUACGCCGCGCGAAGACUCCGGAAGCGGCAUGGGCGAUUAUAACUUGGGCGGCUUUGGCGGACCGGGCGAAAACGAUCAAACCGAAUCGGCGGCCAUUCUAAAGAUCAAAGAGAGCAUGCACGAGGAGGCCAAGCGAUUCGAGAAAGACACAGAUCAUCCGGACUACUUUAUGCCAUAACAACAUCAUCACCAGCACCAUCACCAACAGCAGCAGCAGCAGCAUCAGCAACAUCUCAAUAAUGUGGCAGCUGCAGUGGCAGCUGUCGUUGCUGCAGCCGCAUCAAACAGCAACGGAGGAACUGGAGGAGGCGCAGCAAGCAGCUCAACGGCUGCGUCCAUAGCGGCUGCGGCGCUUGGUGCAGCUGCCUCCAAUUUGCUAAGCGGCGCCAGCAGCAACAGCAGUACCCACAGCAACAACAACAACAACCAAUCUGGCAACCCGACUGUGCCCAGUGGCGCUCAUUUUGCAAAAGAACUCAAUUUCUAAACACACGGUAGUGAAAAUCCUUGGUACAUAAGCAUAAAGUAAAGUAAAUUAAAAUAAUUAUUAUAUGUAAUAGUUUAGAAAAAGAAAAAAC